AUGCGCGUAGAAACGGUCGGCAACCCGCCCAUCUACAGUCCCGACACCGUCGCGGAGCUCGUCGGAGACGGUGGCAACGUCCUCGCACACCGCCAUGCCUACCCCGCCCCCGACACACCCUCCAUCGAGAAGCUCGCGGAGAACGCGUACCCGGGCUCCACCGACUCCAGUGACGACAUCGAGAAGAGCAGCGGUCAGGACGACGUCGGCGCGAACAUAGAGGAGGUGCCUUACGACGAUGGCGGCAAAGAGAAGGUCCUUGAGACCGCUGAGGACUUCGCCAAAAUCCUCAUCAGUCUCGACGACAACCCGGACCUUCCUAUCCACACAUUCCGUAUGUGGUUCACUGGCAUUGGGCUCGCCAUCUUCGCGUCGGUGCUCGGCAUGCUCUUCCAAUUCCGUCCCCAGGUGCUGAACGUCUCGCCGCUGUUUCUGCAGCUCAUCGCAUACAUGAUGGGACGCGUCUUCGAGUUCAUCAUCCCCAGUCCAGGAAGCAAAUACCACACUGGCAGUGCCUUCUGGAACUGGCUGAACCCCGGCCCCUUCAAUUUGAAGGAACAUGUCGCGACGCAGAUCAUGUCAAAUACCGCCGCGACGGCGGCGACGGCGUGCUUCGUCUUCGCGUCGGAUGAUCUGUUCUACAACAUCACGAUUAAUCCCGGCAACGCCAUCUUCACCCUCCUCGCGAGCCAGCUGAUUGGCUACGGCUUCGCGGGCAUGUUCCGAGCAUUUCUCGUCUACCCCACCGUCAUGCUGUACCCGCAGAACCUCAUCUAUGUCAAUUUGUUUGAUGUGCUUCAUCGGAGCAAGGGCGAGAUGCUCCAGGGCAAGCGCCUACGUUUCUUCUGGUAUGUCACUGGCGCGAUCUUUGUUUACGAGUGGUUCCCGGAGUAUAUCGCGCCCCUCCUCGGGUCCUUCAACAUCGUCUGCCUCGCCGCGCGCAACAGCGACUGGGUGUCGUACAUCUUCGGAGGCGCAGAAGCGAACGAGGGAAUGGGCCUACUCGGGUUCGGCGUCGACUGGGCGAACAUCACGAGCAAGCCGUUCUACCAACCACUCUCGACCCAAAUCUCCACCUACGUCGGCUGGGCGCUCAACUACAUCAUCCUCCCCGCGGUCUUCGCCACGAACGUAUGGAACAGCAAGAACUUCCCGUUCAUCUCGCAGAAUCUGUUCUUUGAGAAUGGGACGGUCUAUAACCAGAAUUUGAUUUUGAACGCCGAUCAGUCCUUGAACAAGACCGCUCUCGAGAUCUACGGCCAGCCCUGGCAGAGCGGGUCGACCGUCAUCUACAACUUGGGCAUCAACCUGUCUAUCGGCGCCACGAUCGUGCACAUUGCGCUCUGGUACGGCAAGGACAUCUACGACGCGUUCGUCGCUCACAUCAAGCGAGAGCCAAUCGACGACAUCCACUACAAGAAAAUGGCCGUCUACAAGGAGGUCCCGAUGUGGUGGUACGCCGCGAUCACCCUCGCCGCCUUUGUCACCGCCAUGGUGUGCUGCUACACGGAGAAGUCGGGCCUCCCUUGGUGGGCACUGAUCGUCGCACUCAUCUUCGCGAUCAUUAUUCUUCCAUUCUAUGGCGCGAUGUACGCCAUCUCGGCGGUGCAGCUCAUCGUGCAGAACCUCUUCCAGAUAUUGGGCGCGGCGCUUGUCCCCGGAUCGUCUCAGGCUAACAUGUACUUCGAGCUUUACUCGAGCCAGGCGAUCUUGCAGGCGACGUCGAUGUUGAGCGACCUGAAGCUCGGCCAGUACACCAAGCUUCCCCCGAGAUCGACAUUCUCGGUACAGAUGGCUGGCACGGUCGUCGGAGCAUUGUUCAACUACGUCAUUAUGCAGGAUGUAGUCAACAAACAACGUAAAAUUCUGCUCGAGAACGAAGGUACUCGCGUCUGGAGUGGCCAACAAGUGCAGUCCUAUAACGCGAAUGCGAUCCUCUGGGGUGCGCUCGGCAAGGAGAUCUACGGCCCCAGCGGCCCUUACUUCAUCGUGCCCCUCGGGCUUGUCAUCGGGCUCGCCCUCCCGAUCAUCCCCUGGCUGCUCUGGAAGAAGUACAAGUGGUCUUGGCUCCCGCUGAUUAACACCGCCGUGCUGGCGUACAACAUCGGCGACCUCGCGGGCGGGACGAACGGGUAUAUCAACACGUGGAUGGUCGUUGGCCUCACAUCACACUUCUAUAUUCGGCGGUACCAUGCGGGCUGGUUCAGGAAGUAUAAUUACCUGCUUGGCGCGGCUGUCGACGGAGGCUCGCAAAUCUUCGUCUUCAUCUUCUCGUUCGCGUUAGCAGGGGCCGGUGGCGUCGCUGUGAACUUCCCGAACUGGGCUUUGAACCCUGUAGGCAAUGCGGAUUACUGUAAAGUAACAGGGCAAGAAGCGUCAUAA